AAUAUAAACAGACAAAGGAAAACAAAAGAAAAAAAAACGGAAAAACAACAGACACUAAAAAUAACAUAGAGGGCCGCCGCCUUGAAACGGUUAGUGGCAAAAACACCACUUGUGGGCUUAAAUCGGAUUAAACCAUGUUUCUACGAAGAACUUGACUGCAUCCUUUAAUCAGCUGUUUUCCCUGUCUGUUUCAUUUACAAAAAGAAAACUCAAUAUCUGAGACGAGGCCUUUAAUGUUAAACCACAAAUUCUUCCUUUUCCCCCGAUAGCCAUCCGGUGUUUCGUAUUUUGAACGAAAGCCGGUGACAAAUCUGCCUAAAAAUUCUAAACGACAACAUGCCAAUAAUAAGGCUGUUAAUAGUAUUUUUAGUGUAUAAAAGUGUGCUUUCAAGUGUAAAUGGAAAUAAUAGCAACUCUGAAAAUGAUUCCAAAGUUCUUCAAAUGCUGAUUGAUUGUGGAGGGAAUGUUGCAUCUCUAAGAAAUGAGCUUCAAGACAUGAAAGAUAAGUUAGAAAGACUGCGUACAGAGACAGCAACGGACACAUACAUUAGAUGGGGAAGAUCUUCUUGUCCUAGCGGAGCAACAAACGUUUAUGACGGGUUUGCUGCGGGGUCAUAUUUUGGCCAUAGUGGAGCAGCUGCUAAUUAUAUUUGUUUGUCAAAAAAGCCAAAAUUCAAUUCUCACUAUUCAAAUCCUCCUUACGUCAAUUAUAUAUACGGAGCUGAGUACCAAACUUUCGAAAGUAUUUGGGACAAUCUCCAUAACCACGACGUUCCAUGUGCCGUAUGUCACAUUCCACGUAGCAGUGUCAUCAUGGUUCCUGGAACAGACGACUGUCCUGAAAAUUUUAGAGUAGAGUAUAGAGGUUACCUUAUGUCUGGACAUCAUAGUCACGCUGCAGCAACAGAAUUUGUCUGUGUGGAUGGUCAUCCUGUAACAGCCCCUUAUUCAAGCAAAACUGAUAACAACGGGAAGUUAUUUUAUUUUGUUCGAGCUAUUUGCGGUUCUUUAAAAUGUCUGCCCUAUGAAGAGGGGAAGCAGAUCACAUGUGCCGUGUGUUCCUAUUCUCCUUAGAAUAAAAGAACAAUGUAACAAACAAAAUGGUAACGCGUCCUCCUUUGGGGUUAGUUCUGCAUUAUGACAUAAUCUACACUUUAAGGUUUGAUAACGCGUCAGUGAUGCCGUCACGUCAUUUAUCCAGAAAACGUAGAAUGAAGUCUAGACUCAGUAUACGGAAAUAAAAAUCGUUUUUAUGAAUAAACGACAACCCGCAAAUAAAUUUAUUCAAACGGCAAAGUUGCUAUCCUUCUAAACUGUGAUGCCAUAAAGUUAUGUUAGGCAGUUAUCCAAGCCCACAUAGACAGACCUGCUUGAUACUUGACUUGUGGCCUACUUGGUGGGGCCUUAAUAGUGUUUGUCUUCUUGCUAAGCUUUCUUCAAAGGCAUUUAGUACGUGUAUAUUUGGUCCUUUAGACGUUUUUUACAUAUCAUAUAUGUUUUCACGAAUAUUUUCAUGCUUUACAUAUUGCGUCUAUAGUUGCCAAUAUGUACCGAGCAGUGAAAACUUAUUUACACUGCCCUACAACAUGGUAGGGUGAAGAGUGAUAGUUUCGCCUACUGCCCUUUCCAAAAUGUAUAUGUAUUUAACUUGUCCAUAUUUUAUGUGUUUAUGUGUAUAUGUCUAUCGUCCACAGAGCCAUAAUAAAGCUUUUAUUCUCGGGGGAUGCGGUCAUGGA